AUGGCCUACUUCACAGACCUGCACACCUACCUGCACCAGUCGUCGCUCCUCCUGCAAGCCUACCCUUCGGCACGGAUCACAACAAAAUAUGCUCUACCCCGGAAACCCAAUACGAAGGCCAAGUCAAGACCGAAGGCAUCCCGAGAGAAAGAUGACGCCCCGGCAACAGCUGGGACUACUGCUCCAUCGCAACCGCAAAGCAAACGGGAGCCUUCUGCUGUCCUCACCUUGAAAACAUACCACGCAGAAAGCGGAAUAUGCUUGAAAUACCGAACCGACAAGGCUGCCGAAGUUGGGAGGCUAUUGACUGGACUUGGGAGAUUGGCGAAGGGGGAGAUCAUUGAGAUGCCUGCUGCCCCUGUCUCUGCAGUACCAGGAACGGGAAUAGCUGUGGACGGCGAUAAGAUGGACGUUGAUGCCGGCUCAGUCGCUACAACUAACCAGAUUGAAGACAAAGUCGUAACAGCCCCGCCAGCCGUGACGCAUGGGAGUGGAGGGGGAAAGGGGAAAAAGAAGAAAGGGAAGAAGUGA